AUGUCUGCCGAUGAAUCUCAGGCCAAAUUUAACGUCGACAUCUACGCAGGUUUCCAGCUAUUUCGACAAUUGAAAACGAGUCUAGAUUUCGAAAAAGCCAUCGUUGAGGAGCGUAUUCUCGAACUUGCCUCAAAAAUCAUCAAUUCAGACAACCCUCCAGCAACAAAUAACGUUACUCCGUGCAUAAACAUUCCUCGGCGCAUAACUUAUCUCGUCGACAACCCCAACCUCAGAAUUUAUGGACAACUUUGGCGAUGGACACACAUCCGUAAACUUGACGUAAAAAGAGAGUUGUUAAAAUUUAAACCCGACAGGAUCUGUUAUUCAGCCAUUCAUGGUGAAAUUUGUCUCAAUCCAUUACACUACUUGAAGAAAAGCCGACCAACUUCAGGCCUCGCAUGGUAUCCAACUCUUCAUCCAUGGGCGAUCGUCGCGUAUUACGAAAAAUGUCGUAAGCUAGAAACUUUUCAGUGUUUUCGACCUGAGAUUCAGGUAAAGUGUAACACCGUGCCUGGACGAGUAGUAGGAUGUUUCAAUUUGGAGGCAAUUGGAAACGAAUUACGAGGGGCCGAAGUGUUCAAUACGAGAAGACAAAUAGGGGACGGAAUUUAUCUACGUUAUGAGAAUGGACAGGUUUUUAUGCAACUGUUGUCUGACUCGGUCGUUUAUAUCGAGUCGAGAUUUCGUAAUAGGGUUAAAAACCGUAGAAAACAGACUCUUCAUUCGUUAGAGCCGUUUGAUUUAACAUCCAUGAAACUCAUGGAUGACGAUGAAUUCCAUGUCUUGUUGGAUAUGGCGGUACAAGAAGGAGCCGAAGCUGUCUCUGACCUUGCGAAGAUUUUAACCAUACGAGUAGUUUUUGUGGACCACUGGAGAACGAAUACAGCGGUUACAAAUUACAACUGUUGGAUAGAGAUACGAUUAUGUAGACAGAUGACAUGGAUAGACAACGCAUUGCGACAAAUGGGAGCCCCAUAUAAUAUCCAUUACUAA